AUGAGCCACAACGCACGCGCAUCCCCUAUUUGGAACUACUACCACUCGAACGGCAAACCCGUCGCAUCCUGCAAAGUCUGUCGAGAUGGAAUAGAGCGGAACGGUACUCAAAGCGAGCUUGUUCGACAUGAGAAGACCCAGACACACACAAAGGCUCUUCAACGUCAAGCCGAUCGUGAACAGGACAACGCGGAUUUCCUGCGCCAGGCGGCCAGCAGCGAUCCUGCUGUAAACCCACCAAUCACCGAUCGAGACAUCGCAGACCAUGCCCUCAGAAACCUCUUAUCAUCACUCGGUGGAGGUACCAUGGCGCCUCACGCCGUCACACAGCCCAAUCCGACCUUAGCGGAUGGCUCGGGCCCUGACUUGCGUUCUCACACCCCCCUUCGUUCGACGGCGUCAAAUAUUGGCAUCAGCUGGAAUCUCAUGGAGGCUUACGGAGAGACUGAGCUCAUUCCGUCAGCUGACGAACGAUCUGUUCAGUCGAUCACGAAUGCGAUCCUCGAGCGCUUUGACCUCGAGGCCCUGUCAGACGAAGACGAGAAUGAGCGCUCGGACGCCGAGUCUGAGCUUGCAGCUGAGGAUCCCGUUCUCGGAAAUGCUGAUUCCAAUCGUCGCGAGCACGUCCCAAAACACGCUCGGGGAGACCUCGAGCCAGGAUCAGAGGCUGAGCGUUUGCACUGGUAUCCCUGGGACAACCGUAUCACCUGCACUCUUGAUGUCCUCAUGCACCUCCCACGAUCUGUCUUCUCUCAGCGACAACUCGAUCUCUUUCUCUGGCUCCUCAAAGUCAACAAUGUCCCAGAUGUCCCAUCAAUCAAGCAAAUGCAACAACUCGAUCUCGCUCUUCAGAAGCUUUGUGGAAUUGAGACUAUUGCGUACAACGGGGCCCUCGGUCACAAGUAUCAUGUCAACAGCCUUGCGCAGAUCAUUGCUCAGGCAAGCCUACGCUGCUUGUCAGAGAUCAGAUUCGGACUCAGCUCUUUCCAGGAGAUGGCGAAUCCUCGAGUUCGUCCACAUCUGUCUUUCUACCCCGAAGAUUCUGGGAACGAGCUCUCCGAGGCGCGUCAGGGCCAGCGAUGGCUUCACGAGCUUCCCAAUGAUCAGACCACACCCAUGAUCCGGCUCGCGGGAAAGGACUACUACAUCUACGAGCCAUGCAUGGCUACAUCUGAACGCGACGGUGUCCAGCAAUAUGUUAUCCCUGUCCAAUUCUUCACUCGCGGUGGCUCAUUGUUCGCCAAAUGCUGGAGAAUGCAUCCCGUUGUUACAGAUCAGAUCUCGGGUUGGCGCGUGGAUAAGACCACUCCGUUCGAAGUCGACACAAAGUUGUUCUUCAAGACAUUCACACAAUUUCAGAGCGACGUCGAGUGGUAUCAAAUUCCGAAUCCAUCUCAUAUAAUUGAUGUUGUUGACCUCAACGCUAUGACGCAGAGCACUCCCUGGACAUAUACAAACCCUGUCAUCGGAAACCCGUGGCGUUCAAAGGCCGGUGGAUGUCGUGUUGUGUCAUUUCCCAUGUGGCUCUAUUGCGAUGAUACACACGAAAGCCAGAAGGAAUAUAAUAUCCACUUUCUGUGUACAUCCAACAUUGCCCCGCCACUCGAGAUGCUGGACGGAAUUGUCGAACAGCUCAAAAACGGUCAGGAUGUAGGGAUCUGGACCUGGGAUAUUGAACUCGAAGAACCUGUGCUGGUUGUGCCCGAAGUCUUGGCUUUGCUGGGGGACAAUCCGAUGCAGAGCAAAUUUGCAUGUCAUAUUGGUUUGCGCGGAAAAUUCUUCUGUCGAGCAUGCUGGGCUCGGGGACACACAGCCAAGUCUGCUGAGCCCAGUUUCGGAGCGGCAGGGGCCACUGACAGCGCUGGACCAAGCGGUGAUCAGAGUGAUGUCGAAACCGAUGAUGAUGAUAUCAAUGGUGUUGGUGGCGAAAGCGAUGACAGUGCGGCGAGUGCUGGACCGAAGAAGGGUAAACAAGGGAAGAAGGCCUUGGAAACCAUGGGUCAAAUGGUCAACCGCAUCAAAGCGUUCAUGACGCUCGGACGUUUACGCAACAAAGCCGAGACUGUAAAUUACCUCCGCUCAGAAUUUCUCACUGCUUCCACUGCUGUGGAUAAGAAGACGCAGAUCAAGAACUUGCGCACGGAGACAGGGAUCAAGGACACAUUCCAGCAGUUCUUUGUUGAGAAGCUCUUUGAUUCUUACAAAAAUAAACGAGGACAUGAAGCCCGGAUAGCGGCACUGGAAGCUCAAGUUCGACAAAUGCCUAUGGACAUGAAUGCCAUGAGCCCGGUUUGGCGGAUUCGGGGUUUGGACGCGCAUCAAGACACACCGGUUGAAAUUCUUCACGUUGUUCUGCUAGGAUUUGUGAAGUAUCUCUGGCGCGAUCUCAUUCAGCUCCAGCUCAAAAACAAGGAUGACAAAAAAAAGUUGUUGAUCACACGAUUGAACUCGGUCGACACAUCCGGUCUUGGAAUCUCGCCUCUGGCAGGUCGAACUCUUGUGCAAUAUGCCGGGUCUUUGACAGGUCGCGACUUCCGCGUGAUUGCUCAAGUUGCGCCAUUUGUGGUCUUCGACCUGGUGGACUCCGGGUGCUUCGACACGUGGAAAGCACUCUCAAAGCUAAUUCCGCUCAUCUGGCAACCUAGAAUCUCAGAUAUCAAUGCUUACACGAAUCUCCUCACAUCUGAAAUCAAUCAUUUUUUGAUAUGUGCCGCUCGAUGGACGAAUCGCUGGUUCAACAAGCCUAAAUUCCACAUUCUGUUACAUCUACCAGCCCACAUUCGUCGAUUUGGUCCAGCUAUCUUGUUUGCGACAGAGGCCUUUGAGUCUUUCAAUGCCAUCAUCCGGGCCAAAAGUGUCCAUUCCAAUCGACACGCACCAUCUCGUGACAUUGCGGUAGGCUUUGCCCAGGGAAACCGUGUUCGCCACCUCCUCAGUGGCGGUUGCAUCCGUUCUGAGUCAGCUGCCGACUGCACCGAUCCUCGGAAUUGGCAGAAAAGACAUUGGAUGCGAGCGGGUGAAGGAGCCCUUACGGUUGUCGAAGGGAACACCGUGGCGUCGUAUCUAGGUUUGCAGCAAGACCGUAUCACAAAUGUGAUGGGAGGAUCAUAUGUUCUUGUCAAAAAGAAUACACGCGCCACGGAAAUCUAUCAUAUCGAAGAGGUCUUGCAGAAGAAAGGCUCAGUAAACGCCCUGGCUGAGCUCCCCGAUGUCAUCUUGAUGCGGCAGGCUCUGGUCAAUCCAAGUCAAGAAAAGUACGGAAUGCCGAGAGUAUGGCUUUCAAACUGUUGGGUGCUCGGGUCGCUUGAAGAGAUCUUAUGCACCGUGAACGUACAACACAACUGCAUUGAUCACCAUUGCGAUACAUCAGCGGAAGUGCCCAUAUACCAAGAACGCACAAAGACGAUGCAAACCCAGGCUCGCAUCAAGCAUCGAGGAGACCUUGAUAAUGUUGUGCUUAACACCGCCCAGAUGCGUGACGCAUGCCAUCUUCAGCAGUUCCGUAUCAACGCACCCAUCAUGCAAGACCUUGACCAGGUCGUUCAUGAGAGUGCUGUGAAAGAGAUUGCGUUGCGCAAGCAUUCCAAGACCAAGACAAAGCCAUCCACACCUACCCCAGUACCACGCAGCGGGGCAUCUGCAGACCCAGCAAAUCGAUCUCCGUUGACGAUCCGCAUUCCGUCCCUUCGACAACCCAGUUCGCUGCGCGAGUCAUCCGGACCUCAGAUUUAG